UCAUUUCUGAACAGACCAAGGAAUCUUGUGCAAGAACUGUGCGAUUGCCAGCACCUGGAAGGGGGAGGGGCAGUGAAGCUUUUAGUAGCCGCCAUGUUUUUCUCUGAGUGGGGUGUGUAGAAGAGGCCGGGGUGAAAAUCAUCUCUCGAGGCAUGCAGUGUCAAAAUGGGGAGGAGACUAUAUUUGUUAUCCUUCGCUAAGACCUGCCAGCCUCAUUUCCACAAGAUAUCCACCACCUGUGCACAAGAACUAAAUAAUUUUUAAUAUCCACGUAACUGAAAUCUCAGGAAGUACCACCAUUGAUUGUGGGCAACGAAACUAAAAGAGAGAAAUUACAAGUAACAAGAAACAAAAGAACAUUUAUUAAUCUAGUAAAUGUCAAGGUGGUGGAUUCAGUAAAAUUGAAACAUUAAAGGACAAUAAUAUAAUACUGUAACUCUAUUGUAAAUAGGAGAGAAGAUGAUCACCCUGGAGGUAGUGAAGUCUGUGAAAGUUCCUGGGUCUAGGAGGAGCUUUAUUAAAAGGAAAUGAGGAAUCCAGCACUGCACCUAGUUGGGAUAGCGACGUCCCCUGGAGGAGGUGAAGUGUUUGGUACCAGGGCCGAGGAGGAGUUGCGCCAGUGGCUUGAGACACGCUUGGACGCACUGGGAAUCGACCCCGUUGCGUACUCGCGAUUUGUACUCAGCCUACUGCGCUGCCCCGACUCGGCCCUAAGCCCUCCAGAAGAAGCAGUUGGUACAGGUAGAAACGGAGGACGUCGCAUUCGGGCCCGACCUAAAGCAAAACUGCCCACGCGAGGAGACACAGAACAAAGACGUGCUGUUGUGCAAUGUUUAACAAGUGCUGCUGAUAAUAAGUGUGGGGUGGAAACGCUGGUCGACGAAUUAUGUAUGAAACUUCGAGACCUAGAAGGAAGUGGUUCAGAUGAAAAAGAAGAAGAUUUCAAGAAGUCUGAUGAUGAAAACAAAACGAAUCUAGAGUCGCUUACACCUCGUGACAGAGCUCUCAGAUAUUACGCGGCAUUUCCUGCUUUGCAACCUACGACCUUGAAGAAAUUUUCUCAGAGAAAAGAUAGGAAUUUUGGAAAUAAUAAUAACAACAACAACAACAACAAUAAUAACAAAAUUAACGGAGUCAACUACAAUAACAAUAAAAACGCUAGUAAAUCUCGCAAUAAGAAAACUAAAAUGUCCAUUAGUAUUGAUUCACGCAGAGCAGAAGAAAAGCAAAGUUUUGGAUUUGCUAAAUCAAUGGAACGCGAGAGGGAAAAAGAGCUAGAAUUGGAAUUGGAUAAACUUCGAUUGGCACAGUUACAAGCAAAAUUUGACGAGAGCUUGGAAGCACUUUGGGAUUCAGGACCAGGCAAUGCACAGGACACGGCUUCGAUUUGGGCAGCACCUACGCUUUCUAUUCCUUCAGGACCCCUUUGGCCGACAGACACUACCGAGACAAUCUUUACUGUAUCCACCUCAGACAAUGGCUAUGCUACUGACACGCCGUAUCAGGAAUCUAUCGUUGACGACUCGCCGCUCAUUCCAUGGGACAUCGAUUUAAUCAGCAUUGAAGAUUAUGCGGAUGAAUGUAGUAACAAGAAUAAAUUAAAGAGCAAUGUUAACUGGUCUGACUCAGCUAUGGAUGGAUCAUGGUGCUGGAAAGGGCUAGGUAGUAACUUAGCUACCUUGGGCCACAGUCCUCAGACAGGUAGCUGCUUCUUUCCAGUCGCACCGCGUAAAACUCCCAUUGGAACACGCAAAGAAUCUCGUUCAAAUCUGAAGGUAAACAGCCUUCCAGAACCGGACGAGGAUUUGCUCACUUCCGCGCGGACACACUUUCGUCCAAUAAAGGAUGAUGGUCAGUGGGCCGAUGGGACAACAUUUCCCGUGAACAAUACUUUAGAGCGGGUCGCGUAUCGCAGAUCUGAGUCAGGAAAUUUGUUGUAUCUUCCUGGUGGAGAGAGUCCUUACAUGGAGUAUCGAGAGAAUGACUCGCCGCUUCCUCCAGUAUCUUCGAAUUUAACGUUGAAAUUCAGGGUGCGUCAAUGUGACAAGUGCGUUCAAACCGAGCCCAUUCGAUCUCCGGUCAAACGCAGAAUUCUCUCCGAACAGGAUCAUUUUCAUUAUACUCCGAUCGGAAUGGAAGAUACUAUUAUUCGCGAAGAAGAGAAAAUCGAGAAAGAUUGCUAUACAUUGGGUCAACUGGACUGGGUACGGUCUAAUGUACCUCUGCACAAUGAUAGGAAAAGAAGGCACAGUAGCAGUUUCGGAUGCCAGCCUCUGACGACUUUGCGUCCGUUGACCUUAUGAACUGGAUAGAUAUGAGCUGCUACAAAUGCUUUGUGACUGGAGAGUUUGAGGUGUAGCUAUACUUUUUUUCUCAAGACGAAGACGCAAAUUGUUAACAAAGAAAAGAGAAAAAGUAAAAAUAUGACAUUGGGGGGCCUCUUGGCAUGUGGAAUUUGUUAUGCAUGUAUCCAAGAUGGUGCCGUUAAAUGAAAAAAAAAAAUGUAUCCCCCGUUGUCGUUGAACAAAGAGUUAAAAGAAAUAAAUAAAUAAUGGUCGCAACGCGAACAAAGCGAGACGAGAGGAAUAUUAAACGUUCAUUUAGAUAAUUAUUAUUAAUCCUUUGAUAAACAAAAUGCAGAAAGAGAAAUGGGACGAAAUAGAGAAAGAAAAAAAAGGUGUAUAUGUUUACGCAGCGUUUAACGAUGAGAGCGCAUGCGAUGAAAAAGGAGAGAAGUAUGGAGAACGUAGUCAAUGAGAUUUCGUUUGUAGCUUGUUGAUAAUUUUAUGUGAACUUUUUCGAGGAGAAAGAAACGAAAACGAAAAAAAAAGAUAUAUAUAUAAUUAGUGCGCUGAUUUUUCUAGCAAUUGUAGCGUGCAGUUUUCCUUUUUUUGUUUCUCAUCUGAUGUGCAGGCGUUCAAUGUGUGUUUGCAUUUGAUGCAUUGCAGGAAAGAGAGAAAAAAAUGAAAAUAAAAUGUAACUAAGAAAAAAAAUGCCAAAAAAAAGAAUGGAAUUAAUUUAAAGAAAAGAAUAAAAAAAGAGAAGAGCAAGCCAAAAGAGUAAUAUUCGAGGACGGAGUACUUAUAAGUAUAAAUAAAAAGGAUAAAAAAAAAAAAGUGCCGCACGAUAUUAAACCGAGAACCAUCGAAGUACUAUUCUAUUUUCUUGUUGUUUUUUUCGUAACUAUUAAUGGAUUAUCUUAAUUAUAUCUCCCUAAUUAUAAUUUAACAUCCUAGAUGAUUAAUACCCUGUCCCCCAAUUCCAUCAUCCACCAGAUUCCACGUUUUAAAGAAACCCAGAGUAUCCAAUGCUUUUCCAAUGCUCCCUCAGAGAGAAUAUCGGAAAAUAUUAUUGAAAGCGUACGUGUGAGGAAAAACAAAAAAUAUAUAUGUAUAUAAAAAAAAGAACCGUAUAACUUGAAAACAAAAUACUACGCCUACCUCGGCGAAAAGGCGGAUAAGCGGACGAAAACGUGAGAACAACGUUAUUAGAAAAAGAAAAAAAAACGAAUGCCUUUUAGAGCGAAAGGAAAAGGGUGAGUAAAACGUUAUUUAAAAAAAAAAAAGAAAAAAAAUGGUGAUAUGUUAAGACGUCGCGAGGAAGGUUAGUUAAAAUGACAAGCAAUGUACGUGAAUUGUGAUGCGAAGAAAGUGAACGGAAUAUGAGGGGAAAGAAACGAAAGAAUAUCCGAAUAUGUAUUCUCUGCGCGAAGUAAUGUACGCAAAGGGAGUAACCAAAUAAAGGCAUUGCAAACGCUGAA